AUGGAAGCAAAGACUUCGGACGUCAAAGAGAAUACCCUGUCAACAUCAAUUUUACCGACCGGAGCCAAGCAGCGCACUUCAGCUAUAGAUCCAGCUGCAUUAGAGCAACGAUUUGCUCUCUCGGAUGGCAAAUUACUCGACUUGUCAUCUCUCGAGCUUGUUGAAAUGCCGCCUCUUGAAGAUCUCAAUCGCAGGUUCCCACAUCUACGUCAUCUUAACAUUCGUCGAAAUGCCCUUCGGGUGCUUCCGGAAGGUCUAGCCCGCGCAUUUCCAGGGCUUGUCGUUUUGAAUGCCAGCGAAAAUGCACUCGAAUCUUUGUCUUAUGUUUCCAUUAGCGCUUUACGCAACCUGCAGCGUCUUAAUAUUGCGCACAAUUGCAUUCGAGAGGUUCCUGCUGGAUUGUUCAUAGAACUUGAUGUACUCGAGGAAUUUGACGCAAGGGGAAAUCUCAUUCAGCAGAUAACUUUCGAUGAUAGUAAUGGAGAAUUCACGGCUGCCAAAGUGAGCAACUUACAGGUAUUGUUGCUAGCAGACAAUCGACUGAAAAAGGUCGCUUUGUCAGUGGCAGAAUUUAUGCCAAAGUUACGAGCUGUAGAUCUAAGCGGAAAUCCUGACCUCACGGAUGUUCCCGAGAACAUACGACGGCUGCAUGGACGCUAUGUACUAUUUCGUUCGAGCGCCAAGCGACGUGAGCUUAUCACUCGAGCAUUAAAUGUUCGCAAGGCUGUCGCACUAGCUCAAGCUAAAAUCAAAUGCAAAUAA